GGCCUGUGAGAGUUGUUAUACGACUGUGUAUCACAGCAGUCAGCUACCAAGAUGGAAUAACCCAGUCCAGGAGAGUUGUGUUUGACGUGUUCAUUCUCUCAACAUCUGUACUGUUGAAUUAUUGAAGAAAACUAUUGAGUACAAGCAAAACAGCUUCACAUUACUGCUUCAACUACAGCAACUCCCUACAGCUUCACCUACAGCAACGCCCAACAGCUUCACCAAGAGCAACUCCCAAAGGCCACGGACUUACGUAAUACAUACGAGAUGCUCCUUGUGCCUCUGCUGAUGAUCUCUCUGCCUGCUGCUGUUGUCGGCUUCAACCUCACCAUCCUCCACACCAACGACAUCCACGCAAGAUUCGAGCAGACCAACAAGUACAGUGGUCAGUGUGGGGUGGACGAUGUGGCAGAAGGGAAAUGUUUCGGUGGGACAGCGCGACUGUUGACCAAAGUCCGAGAACAGCGUUCCCUUCAUCCCAACACCAUCCUCCUGUCGGCAGGGGACGAGUUCUUGGGGACGUUGUGGUUCUACAAGUACCGCGGUGCUGUUGUGGCCAGAUUCAUGAACCACUUGCGGUAUGACGUCAUGACUCUGGGGAAUCACGAGUUUGACCUGGGCAUCGAGGGACUGAUACCCUUCCUCAACGACGUCAACUUCACCGUAGUAAGCGCCAACAUUAACGCUACACGAGAGCCGUUUGUGAAUAACAAGCUGGUGAAACACACGGUGUUGAUGAUCGGGGGAGAACGUAUUGGGGUCAUCGGGUACACUACAAGAGAGACACCAUCAAUCUCGUCACCAGGGCCCAAAUUGACAUUUGAAGAUGAGAUUGCAGCAGUCCAGAGAGAGGCUGACAUCCUGACGUCACAGGGCAUCGACAAGAUCAUUGCUGUUGGUCACUCGGGAUUUGGUGUUGACAAGAAAAUUGCAGAAGGAGUCAACAACCUGGAUGUAGUGGUUGGGGGCCACACCAAUACAUUCCUUUACACAGGCGACUACCCGUCCAAUGAGAAACCGGUAGGAGAUUAUCCCCACGUGGUCACUCAGUCAGGGGGUGCGAAGGUGCUCGUGGUGCAGGACUACGCCUACGGGAAGUAUCUUGGAGCUCUGCAAGUCACCUUUGACCCGGAUGGUGUCAUCACAUCGUGGGGAGGUAACCCAAUCCUACUAGACAACAACACAGCACAAGAUCAGACGACUCUACAGCUGAUGCAGCCCUACAAAGAGGGCGUGGCCAACGAGUCAGGCACGGUAGUGGGUAGAAGCCAAGUUCUGCUGGAAGGAGAUCGGACAUUUUGUAGAGUCAAAGAGUGUAAUUUGGGUAACCUGAUUGCCGAUGCAAUGGUGCACCAGAAUCUGAAGCACAGCGACUCACUGUAUUGGAACCACGUGGCCAUCGCCUUCAUGAACGGGGGUGGAAUCCGGGCGUCCAUACGGAAAGGUGACGUCACCAUCGGCGACAUCCUGACCGUCCUACCGUUCCGGAACACCGUGGACAUCGUGGAGCUGCUCGGGAGACAUGUCCGGGAGACGCUGGAGUUCGCGGCGUCCAAGUGGGCGGAGACUGGCAACCUAUUCGGGGGGUUCUUCCAGGUGUCAGGUAUGAAAAUUGUAUACGACAUGGCGAUGCCUGUGGGUAAGAGGGUAAUAGAGGUCAAGGUCAGAUGUGCUAACUGUUCCGUGCCCCAGUAUGGGGAUCUAAAUGAUGCCGAGAUAUACAAGAUCAUCAUGCCAUCUUUCAUUGCUAAUGGAGGGGACGGAUAUGACGUCAUCAACAACAACAAGAUCAAACAUCAUCUGCUUGGGGAUGUCGACGCCGAUGUCUUAAUUGAGUACGCCAAGAGCUUCUCACCCCUCAUCGCAGGCCUGGAUGGCCGCAUAACACUGACGACGGUGACGCCCACGUGUCCUUGUAGCGAGAUCAAUGACGUCACCCGUCCAUCACCACAGCUCCUCACAUCGACAGCUGCAGUCAUGAUGAUUGCCCUGCUUAUAUAAACGACAGUUCAUUGUUAUUAAACCUGUAGGCGCUCACAGGAA